AUGACGAAAUUACUUCAAGGAAUAGGAAUGUGCAAUUGCAUUUUGGAUAGUGUAUUCAAGUGUAACAUCAAGAGCGCUGUGAUCUUAGCUCCGAUGAAUGAAAGAAUCAUUUGUUUGUGCGGAUCAUCGAUGGAGAAUAGAGCUUUGAAAAGCACUGUAAUAUAG